AUGUCUAAUCUUCAACAUCUCAGUGUAAGAUGGUGUAUCAAUUUAUCAGAUGGUAGUAUACCUCAUUUACUUAGUACGACAGGAUUAAAUUAUCUAUGCUUAAGUGGUUGUAAAAGGAUAAGUGAAGAUGGUCUAUGUACAUUAGCUCGUCAUCCACGUUUGAAUUAUCUGGAAUUGGCUCAUUUACCAGCAGCUACACAACCAGUGAAGUUAUAUUUGAACAAAAAUUUACCAUGUUGUAAAUUAUUAUGCUAG